UGUGCUCAUGUUUUGAAAUAUUCUAAGAAUGAGAUUUUUGUUUAAAACGCUUUGGGUUAUGUUUCGUUGUACCACAGUUUUUGCUUUGCUAUGUGCAAAAGUUACCGGGUCUUCUGCCCAACCAAUGGGAAAUCAUUGUGUCAGCCUUAAGGAGACCCCUUUUGAAAUGUGUAUGAACGCCGGCUAUGACAAAACUGUACCAUUCCAAGACGAUUUAACGGGGGCAGAGCAACAAGAGGUGGCAAGGGAAUUUACAGAAAUACUUCAGUCAACGAAGAACUGUUCGUCCAACGGUGUCGCAGAACUCAUCGAGUGUUCUUUAGUCGUUCCUAAGUGCAACGACUUUGGUGAGCCUGUGUACCCAUGUAGACAGGUUUGCGCUGAAUAUCUGAGGCGAUGUGAGCAUCAAUUAUCCAAACACGCAUUGGAUUAUCUAAUCCCUUUGUGCCUCCUCCUUUCAAAGGGCUGUGAUGGUUGUGAGCCGUGUUUUCGACCUUCCAACUUCACUGCGAACGAAACUGCGUCGGGCCCGCUGGAUCGAGGUUGCCAAGAGCUCAUCUUCCCCGCAUGUAAAAGUUUGGGCGCAUACGAUAACACUUUGAUCUCAAUCUCUAUGCAGAAGGAGUUAUACUCGUGGUUUUUUAACAAAGAAUAUAACAUAAACAACACUGAAACAAAAUUUCCUGCGGCUGUUCAAAAAUUAUUGGACCAAUACCCCAAAUGCCAGGAAAACAUCAAGAAGUUGUUCUGUGGCGAACAUUUUCCGCCUUGUUUCCCAGAUGAAAGUCCACGGGUGUAUAGUCUGUGUCAACCUCUCUGUGAUCAAAUUGCUACAGACUGCCCAGGGUUCUUCAGCCAGGAUUUGAUAGCCUCAGAGUACUGCAGCUCAAAGGCAAGAGCACAUUCUAAACAUGGAUACUGUCAAAGCACAAAAUGGCCAACUUCAUUCGAAUGGUUCCAUCGUAAAGCUGCAACAAAAUCUCCGAGUCUGAUCCUCGAGAGCCAUAUGCAUCAUGGUAUCAAAGUGUGGCAGAUUUUCAUAGCCGUUUUUAUUCCUACACUAGCUGUUGGGCUUGCUGUAGCAGUGGCGAUAUGGAUGAAGAAGAGAAGUUCUCGACAUUUAGCAGCUUACAUCAAACAUUAUGAAAGAGACGCUGAUGAUACCUUUCCCUUGGACACGUGACUGUUAGAACAUUUGGUUGAACGAGAGGGAGGGGGGAGUGGGGAGGUGAACUGGAAAUUAUACACACUUAACGACGUUAUCUUUAUUUUAUGGUGCAAAAGUACAUGUAAUUAAUCAUUCUGUACAUCAGGCGACCGAUGUUUAUCUGAGUGUAACGAGACGUUAUCAAAGUUGCAAAAAUUAAAAGUGGACUCCCUCUGUG